CUGAUUUAUGUUUGACAGUAAAAAUAAAAAGAGGUUAUAAACAUUGUGAUACAAAUAAGUAAUUAGAGUACUUAGUAAUAAUUUAUUAAAUAUUUUAUUUAAAAUGGAAUUUUAAUUGAGUUUCGUCUCAGAAUGCAGCAAUCAUGGAUUUGAAAUCUCUUUUGUCAAAAUCUUCUCAGUCGAAGCAAACUAAAAAAGAUAUAGUUGACAUUGAAAACGAAGAAGAUAAAUAUUUCCAAUCAUUUUAUCGUCAAUGGAAGGGAACAAGUGCUGAAGACAAUGAUGCGACUUACAAAAUCAUACCGAAAUUUUAUUUCAAGUUACCAAGAGAAGACGAGAUAUUGCCUCAGAAACUCCGAGAGGAGACGCGCGCCUUAUUUUUGCAACGGAGAUCUCGUCAAUUGUUGGACAACAAUGAGCUCAAAGCUCUCUGGGUCUUGCUGGAUAAACACCACAGCCCUCCGCUUUCUGGAGACGAGCAGAUGAUUAAUUACGAAGACUUCAAACAAGUGGGAAAACUCGCGGGAGCUAAAUGUUCCCCGUACUUUACAGCUGUUGUGUUUGCAAAGUUGCAGCAGGGAGAUCCUCAUGGUAGAAUUAGUAUAAUGGCACUGUUCAAUUACGUCAUGAGGAAGGUUUGGGUCCAUCAAACACGAAUAGGUCUUUCUCUUUAUGAUGUAACUGGUCAAGGAUAUCUUCGUGAGUCUGAUCUAGAGAAUUAUAUAUUGGAGUUGAUUCCAACGUUACCGCAGCUAGAAGGCCUAGAGAAAUCUUUUCAUUCAUUUUACGUCUGCACUGCUGUAAGAAAAUUUUUAUUUUUCCUCGACCCACUGCGAACUGGUCGGGUCAGGAUCCAAGAUAUCCUGGCAUGCAGUUUCCUAGACGACCUCCUGGAAUUACGUGACGAAGAUUUGCCAAAAGAUUUGCAAGAAGCCAACUGGUUCUCGGCACCUUCUGCUCUAAAAGUUUACGGCCAGUAUUUGAAUCUAGACCGCGAUCACAACGGGAUGCUCAACAAAGAAGAAUUAUCUGGAUAUGGAACCGGAACCCUGACUGGCGUAUUCUUGGAACGUGUGUUUCAAGAAUGUCUGACUUACGAAGGGGAAAUGGACUACAAGACUUACUUGGACUUUGUGCUGGCUCUAGAGAACCGUCACGAGCCUCAGAGUCUUCAUUAUUUAUUCCGCAUCCUUGAUAUUAAUAAUAAAGGAUACUUGGAUACUUUCUGUUUGAAUUAUUUCUUCCGCGCGAUCCAGGAACAGAUGACCAUGCACGGGCAAGAGCCAGUGAGCUUUGAAGAUGUCAAAGAUGAAAUUUUCGACAUGGUCAAGCCUGCUGAUUCAUGUAAAAUUACUCUACAGGAUCUUUUAUCAUGUGGACAAGGUGAUACAAUGAUAAGUAUUUUAAUUGAAUUUCAUGGGUUCUGGGCUUACGAAAACCGCGAAGCCAUGGCUGCUGAUAAUGGAGAAGAAUCUUCUCAUGUAUAAAAAUAUAUUUGUUUAAUAAAAAAUUAAUUUUUUAAGUUAAA